AUGUCACCGUCUGCCAUCUCGGACAACGAAUCUUCCCCUGGGGCCUCGACCUACGAAGUCCAGAGCCCCGCCCCCAACUUCAACGGCUACGACCACAUCACCUGGUGGGUGGGCAACGCUAAGCAAGCCGCCGGCUUUUAUACGACCUACUUCGGAUUCAAGACUGUCGCCUACCGCGGUCUCGAGACAGGCAGCCGGUAUUUCGCCUCAUACGUUGUUGCCAACAACGAUGUGCGCUUCGUCUUCACAUCGCCGAUCCGCUCGGCCAAGUACCUGCCCGAGGAUGAAGACAUAUCGCCCGAGGACAAGCGUCUCCUCGAGGAGAUGUAUGAGCAUAUGGAACGGCACGGCGACGCCGUCAAGGACGUCGCCUUCGAGGUGGACAGCGUCGACGGUGUCUACCACAAGGCCGUGGCCGAAGGCGCCGACGCCGUCCAGCCGCCCACAACCACGGGCAACAAGGAGCACGGCCACGUACGCACCGCCGUGAUCCGCACUUACGGCGACACCACACACACGCUGAUCGCGCGCCAAAACUUCCACGGCGCCUUCCUCCCGGGUUUCCGCACCGUACCCACGUCGACGGUUCCCCCCGCGCUAGCGGCACUCCCGGACGUGCCCCUCGCGCGCAUCGACCACUGCGUCGGCAACCAGGACUGGAACGAGAUGGUGUCGGCCUGCGCCUUCUACGAGCAGUGCCUCUCGUUCCACCGGUUCUGGUCGGUGGACGACAACCAGAUCUGCACCGAGUUCUCGGCGCUCAGCAGCAUCGUCAUGGCCAGCCCCAACAACGUGGUCAAGAUGCCCAUCAACGAGCCCGCGCCGGGCAAGAAGAAGUCGCAGAUCGAGGAGUACGUCAUCUUCAACAGCGGCCCCGGGGUCCAGCACAUCGCGCUACUCACCUCGGACAUCCUCGCCGCCGUCGCUGCCCUGCGCGCCCGCGGCGUCCAGUUCAUCGACGUCCCCAAGAGCUACUACGACACCAUCCGCGCCCGCCUUAAGACGGAGAAGCGCAACUGGGAGCUCAAGGAGGACCUGGAUACCGUCGAGCAUCUGAAUAUCUUGAUCGACUACGACGAGCAGGGCUACCUGCUGCAGCUGUUCACCAAGCCGCUGAUGGACCGUCCGACCGUGUUCAUCGAGAUCAUCCAACGUAAUGAGUUUGACGGUUUCGGCGCGGGCAACUUCAAGAGUUUGUUCGAGGCCAUUGAGCGCGAGCAGGCCGAGCGGGGGAACUUGUAG